CUUCCUAAUGAGUGUAUUUUGAAAGUGGGUGAAAAUAAAUCCAGUGAAGUAAGCGGGAGGCUGGUUAAAAUCCCACGGCAUAAAUGCGACAUCGUUUUACAAUUGUAGUUUUACAAACUUAAGAAGCUCUCCCUAGUUCGAUAAAAGAUUAAACACAGGCGAAGAAACAAUUUCUGAGUUCGAAAACCAGAAGGCAGAUAGAGAAAGAAAUAUGCCGAAGAGAACAACGCACACGUACUCGAGCGAGGACGCAGCUCCAGACGGUCCUAACUCUGAUCUCUUCGUCUAUUACUGCAAGCAUUGCAGCUCUCACGUCCUUAUCACUGAUAUCCAAUUGCAGAAAAUGCCAAAAAGGAAGACGGAUAAAGCAUAUGUAUUGGACAAGAAGAAGCACCUUGCAAGAUUGAACAUUAAUGAGGCUGGAAAAGUUCUCUUGAAACGGGGUGAAGGGAAGUUGGAGAAGCAAUUUCGUAUGAACUGUAUCGGUUGUGGUCUGUUUGUUUGCUAUCGUGCAGAAGAAGAUCUGGAAGCUGCUUCUUUGAUAUAUGUUGUUGAUGGUGCACUCAGUACAGUUGCUGCUGAAACAAAUCCUCAGGAUGCUCCUGUGCCACCAUGCAUAUCACAAUUAGAAGGAGGACUUGUUCAAGUGGCUAUAGAAGUGGAAGACCGUGCCCAACGCUCAGCAAUAACAAGAGUAAAUGCUGAUGAUGUUCGAGUCACUGUAGCUGCACCUGCAGCUCGUGGGGAAGCUAACAACGAACUUCUGGAAUUCAUGGGCAAAGUUUUGGGUCUGAGACUGAGCCAGAUGACUCUUCAAAGGGGAUGGAAUAACAAGUCAAAACUCCUUGUUGUGGAGGAUUUGUCUGCUAGGGAGGUGUAUGAGAAGCUUCUGGAAGCUGUACAACCUUGAAACCGUCAUGGAUAAUGCUGCGUUGUCAUUGUUACUGAUUUUGAUGAAAUAAGCUGUGUGCGACUAAAAUGUACUUAGUAUUAUCGAAAGUGCAGGGUCAGAAUUUUGAUCGAAAUGAUCCUGUAACUGUGCAAGAGAAGUAAUUUUGUGCAAUCUCUUACACAUUUAAUUUUCUUCAUUCGAACGGAAAAAUUUUACUCAACAAGAAGGAAGUUUUUCCUUCAUUGAACUUUUGAAGCAGUGUUAGGCAGUUAAUCGACGGAAAGUCGCAACCUGACCUUCAAUAAGUUGAUGUAAUUAUUUGAAAAAUAAGUUUCUAAUCUUGCCUUGAAUGGAAAGCCCCAUACGAAUUUAUAAAA